CGUGUUGUUUCUUAUUGAUCGUCAGUCUGUUUAGUCGAACCGCAGCAUUCGCUCCAACGACGUCAGCUGCUCGGACUUUUGAAGAGAGUUAAAUUUGUUUCUUUCCCUAAGUUUUUUAAUCCCAAACCAUAACCAUGUCCGAUGAAGAGGAAUACACUUCUGAAGAGGAGGAGGAGGAGGUCGUCGAGGAGACCAGAGAGGAGACGUAAAAAACCACCUCAAACACCAGCCGAAGGUGAGGGUGAUCCAGAGUUCAUCAAACGUCAGGAUCAAAAGCGUUCCGAUCUCGAUGAACAGCUGAAGGAAUACAUUCAAGAAUGGCGCAAACAGAGAGCCAAGGAAGAAGAUGAGCUGAAAAAACUCAAAGAGAAACAGGCUAAGCGCAAGGUCACUCGCGCCGAAGAAGAACAAAAGAUGGCACAACGCAAGAAGGAAGAAGAAGAGCGUCGUGUGCGCGAAGUUGAAGAGAAGAAACAACGCGAAAUUGAAGAGAAACGUCAACGUCUCGAGGAGGCUGAGAAAAAACGUCAAGCUAUGCUUCAAGCCAUGAAGGACAAGGACAAGAAGGGACCCAACUUCACUAUUGCCAAGAAGGAGGCAGGCGUGUUGGGGCUUUCAUCCGCCGCCAUGGAACGUAACAAGACUAAGGAACAAUUGGAGGAAGAAAAGAAAAUCUCACUGUCGUUCCGUAUUAAACCCCUCGCAAUUGAAGGUUUCAGCGAAAGCAAAUUGCGCGAGAAGGCUCAAGAAUUAUGGGAACUCAUUGUCAAAUUGGAAACUGAGAAAUAUGACUUGGAAGAAAGGCAAAAACGUCAGGAUUACGAUUUGAAAGAGUUGAAGGAAAGACAGAAACAACAACUCAGGCAUAAAGCCUUGAAGAAGGGUCUUGACCCUGAGGCUUUGACUGGCAAAUACCCGCCCAAAAUCCAAGUAGCCUCCAAAUAUGAACGCCGUGUUGAUACCCGCUCAUACGAUGACAAGAAGAAACUCUUCGAAGGUGGCUGGGAUGAAAUCAGCAAGGACAUAAAUGAAAAGAUCUGGAACGAAAAGAAGGAGCAAUAUGUUGGCCGCCAAAAAUCCAAAUUGCCAAAAUGGUUCGGCGAACGACCAGGCAAAAAGUCUGGUGAACCCGAAACACCAGAAGGUGAAGAGGAUGCCAAGGCUGAUGAAGACGUCGUCGAAGAUGAAGAAGUUGAAGAGGAGGUUGUAGAAGAAGAAGAAGAAGAAGAGGAGGAAGAAGAAGAGGAAGAAGAAGAAGAGGAGGAGGAAGAGGAAGAAGAGGAAGAAGAAGAAGAAGAGGAGGAAGAGGAAGAAGAAUAAAUUAAUUUUUAACUACUUUUAAUAAAAAAUUUAUUAAAAACUAUAUGGUUAUUAUUAGCUUAUUCGACUUAUAUUUUUUUUAACUAAGAAAAUAAUUUCAUAUUUCUCCAAUAAAUAAGUUAAAUGGGAAAAUCAUUUUUCCACUAAAUAUUGUAAAUGAAACUUUUCUCUCACCAGCACAUAAAUAUACACGUACACAACUCUCUCUA